GGAAGAUAAUUUGUUGUCGAUUGAUAGGAGAAUGUAGGGACAGCUCGCUCCUUACUCUUUUUAUUCCCUAGUGUUUUGUGCGGAGUUUUUUUUCAGAUCUGACGAUUAAUACAUCCUUGUAAUUGAGCCGAAAUUUUAUGGCAUUUAGAAUUUGAGCAAAACCGUAAUCUGGAUACAACUUUGAAAAACGUGUCGCCAUGAUCGGCAGUCCGGCCGUGGUCAGCGCGCGACUGUCGCCGAGCCCGUCGCCGUGUCCGUCGCCCGUGCUGCGGCGGCGACAGUCCGCCGCCAGCCGAAACGUCACCGCGGACCCGGGGUCGCACUGCGGCUCCACCGGCCAGGGCCGCUUCGAGCACUUCCCGGCCGACGACCCCGCGCAGCAGGCUGCCGGCGAGCGGGUGCGUCGAAAGCUGCAGUUCUUCUUCAUGAACCCGAUCGAGAAAUACCGCGCUCGGAAGAAGCUGCCAUUCAAGCUGAGCCUUCAGAUAUUCAAAGUGGUGCUGAUCACUAUCCAGCUAAGCUUGUUUGCCACAAGCCGGCUUGCCCAUGUCAGCUUUCUGGAGAACACCCAGUUCUCGCUGGAUCACCUCUUCAUCCUGGGCUGGGAUGUGACGCGUGAGGUGAACGUCUACCCUCCCGGCGCCGGACCGCUGGCCGUCUACUCGCAACAGAGCUACUUCGAGACGCUCGACUUCGCUGUGAAUGCCUACCACGACCUGGACAACCUGACGGUGAGCGGGAUCGGCUACACGGACGACACAGUGCCGCCGGUACGCCUCUGUCUGGAUGGGUAUCGUCGCGCUCGUGUCUUCCCAACCAAUCUGUCGUACGCUUUUGACGCGCAUGUGCGCCAGCGUUGUGUGGAUCUGAGGCCAACCCCUGUAGAAAUACAAAACCACAAUUUCUCCACGCGUGCUUUCCUUGGUAAGCACGACUUCAAUGUGUCCUUUGUCGCCCUGACGCGCACCACGCUGUCGUUCGCGCUGAACGCCGUGCGCCUGAAGGAGAUGAUUCCGGCCAACGAGCCGGACUGCUACCGGCUCCAGGCGGCGUUGGUGCUCGAGAACGGCGGUCAGGACGGCCGGAUGCUGGUCAGGAUGAAUGUAGAGUCGCACCUGAAGCCGUGCAACGGCAACCUGGAAACCAGCGGCGACGGCGCCCCGCUGAAGGUGUUCUUCACGAUCAUCAGCUCUCUGGUCAUUAUGGUCUGCAUUUCUUCUUUCGCUAUGUGUAUGCGUUCCAUGUAUCGAGCACAGCUGCUACGAAUCGAGACCGUGUCUCUGUUGCACGAACAUUUUGAAUACGACCUGACGUACGAGGAACAGUUGCGCUUCCUCAAUCUUUGGUACGUCCUCAUCAUCAUCAACGACGGACUGAUUGUUUUCGCGUCUCUCAUCCAUAUCCAGCUGGAUAUAGACUUGAUCCCGUCUCCUAUUGGUGUCGAGACCUGGAACUUGUGUGCCGUGGUGCUGGGGGCCGGCAACCUCCUCGUCUGGGUGGGCAUGCUGCGCUACUUCAGCUUCUUCAAAUCCUACAACGUCCUGAUCCUGACAGUGAAGAGCGCCAUGCCGAGCGUGCUGCGCUUCUCUGUAUGCGCUACCAUUUCCUAUGCCGGAUUUGUCUUCUGUGGCUGGCUCGUUCUGGCGCCAUAUCAUCUCAAGUUCCGCACCAUUAGCAAGACUUCCGAGACGCUAUUCUCGCUGAUGAAUGGGGAUGACAUGUUCGCGACUUUCGCUCAGGUUUGGCCUCGGUCCAGCAUGAUUUACUGGUUCUCUAAGCUUUACAUCUACGUAUUCAUUUUCUUCUUCAUCUACGUCGUCAUCAGUCUUAUGAUUUCGAUCAUCAUGGACUCGUACGAGACCAUCAAGGCCUUCUACCGCGACGGGUUCCCGAUGUCGCCGCUGGACGAGUUUCUGGCGGUGCGCCGCUCGGCUCCCGAGACGGGCGUGUACCGCGAGGACGAGGACGACUGCUCGCUGCGCCAGCUGUGCUGCUGCGUCCGCCGGCGCGGCGACGCCGACCGACAGCCCAUCAUCGCUGCGGUGGACGACAACGGCGUCACGGCGGAGCCGCCGCUGCUCCGGACGCCGCAGGAUCACGACACUGGCGACAUUACCGUGUGAGAACUGUGACGCACCAGCUCCGACUGAGGUCUGGCUGAGACAGCCAGCGCCCGUCGGCUCAGUGAGGUACGAGAGCUUUCAGCACAAGCGUCAGAGGACAUCGUGUGACAGGCACGUGACGAUGCCUUGUUGCCAAAGAGGUGUGACCUGAGCAUCAAGUGUUUAUUAUUCCAACGCUUUUACCCAUCGUGUGCGUGGCUGGCUGUUUCUUUUAAUCGAUGUGUACGAUAAGUUAUAACUCAGACUUACUUUACCUGUAUUUUACAUGCGUACCUGUAUUCCUAAAAUACGUGAUUUGGGCUUAUGUACGUGUUCUUAUUGAAGAUUAAUGAUGUUCUUUUUUCAUGCAUCGUUCUUUUUAGAAUAAGGCAAGGGUAAUUGGUUUUACAUUCAGCAAUUUUCGUUGAAAAAUUAUAUUUUGGCAAGCGGAUGGAUGACGAAAUGUUCGCUGGUUUUUUAAUAGUUAAGGCUCAGAUUGAAAUUCAUGCCGUUUGCCAUUUUAAAACUGUUUAAUGGUUUAUAUUCCGUUAUGUUUGACGUUAGCACUCAGCACUCAGCGGUGAAUGUUCGCCAGCCUGACGACUUCACGUAUUGGCCGUGUCAUGUGUGCUCGGUACUUGGUAGACCAGAUACCGCUUCACCUCCCAGAUAGUCAAGAUCCAUCACCCAGGGAGUUGCGCUCUGUAACGUAGGACGUAUGUUCAAGGUUAAUCGACCUUGUGCGAUGCAUGUUUUUCCGGUAGUAAAACUCUGAGUUGUGUCUCAAAUCUGUAUGUUCACUGCCGAUGCACUCAAAUACGGAUGCCGACAGAAUCGGGUAUUAUUUCAUUUUGAUUAAUUCUCAUCAUCGGGAACACUAUGCUGUAGGUAUAAUGUAUAUGGUAGAAUAGAUAAUUGUCACUCGUGUGUUUUGUGUUGGAACCCGGAAGAUGUGUGGCGUCUAUGCAUGCUAUGUUCCAAUAUACCCAGAAUCGUC